GAUUCUAAUUCGUGUAGAUUCCUCAUUCUAUAUCUUUGGCAAGUGGUUCAACAUCAGAAAAAUUAGGAACAUCAAAAUCCCAGGUCAGCCUGCUCAAAGAUAACGGAGUCGAUCAAACAAGACAACCAGGCGAUCAUAUAGUUAUUAUUCUAUUAAUUAGUACAGCUCCCCAUACCAUGUUCUGUUUAUCAAACCACUGAAGACGAUUUCACCUCUUCUCCGCGCUCUCCUAAUACCAAACCAAAAGGCAAACGCAACUUCUUGUUUCCUUGAUCCUAAAUUCCAUCUUUUAUUUAGAGAUUAGCAGUUCAAUCACACCUCGAAUCGAAUCUAUCGUGCUUACCCUUGUUUGAGCUCAAGACAGAUUCUGAUUCAUCAUAAUCGACUCUAGUUCAUUCCGUUUGAUGCUUGAUUUAGCAGCCCAGAACUAGGGUUUAGAGUCAAUGAAGGCCAUGGAGACUUUACAGGAUCUGAUCGAAGAAGCAAAGCUUCGUACUGUGUGGUGGGCUCUUUGUAUCUUCGCUGUCUCUUACUUCUUAGCACACACAAGUAAAUCAAUGUGGAUGAAUGUUCCUAUAGCAAUACUCAUGGUAUCGGGUUCACGAAUUUUGUUAAACGAAGUUGAAUUCCGUUGGAAGACCAGAAAAAACCGGCCACUAACAUACUUAUCGCACUUAGAAAAGAAGCAAUUAUCUGUGAACGAUUCACGGCUUUCCACCUUGCCUCCCCCGCCUAAAUGGAAGAGGAAAGUCGAUUCUCCAAUGGUGGAGGCUGCCAUGGAGGAUUUCAUUAACAAGCUUUUGCAAGAUUUUGUUGUUGAUCUAUGGUAUUCAGAUAUUACACAAGACAAGGAAGCACCUGAGCUGAUUCGGGCAAUUAUUAUGGAUGUUCUUGCAGAAAUAUCUGCAAGAGUCAAGAACACAAAUCUUGUUGACUUGUUAACGAGGGAUGUGGUUGAUCUAGUUGGGGUCCACCUAGAGCUUUUUUAG